GCAUUCAUGCGCUAGACAAGCAGGUGUUCAAAAUGCUUCCACGGAGAAAUGAUGGUAGAGUUGUUCAGUCGUGACAUGAGCGGUUGUAAGACACGACUGUCAGCGAGGGCACGAAUGCAAAGGAGUUGCACAAAGAUGGAGGACCAUUUGAUAGAGGAUGGGACAGUCUUUUACUCGAAGGCAGAACACUACUGGAGGGAAGUCCCACCCACUGUGGAUGGAAUGCUGGGAGGUUAUGGCAGCAUUUCCAGCAUUGACAUUAAUAGCUCCAAAAAGUUCCUCCAAAAAUUCCUUGGGGAUGGCCAGGGUAAAACUGGGACUAGUUGUGCUCUUGACUGUGGGGCUGGAAUUGGCCGUAUCACCAAGCGGCUGCUCCUGCCUCUCUUUCGAACAGUGGACCUAGUGGACGUCACUCAGGAGUUCCUGGAUAAAGCUCGUACAUAUCUGGGUGAGGAGGGUAAGCGGGUGGAGAACUACUACUGCUGUGGCCUGCAGGAAUUUCAGCCCCAGCCGGAACGCUAUGAUGUCAUCUGGAUCCAGUGGGUGAUUGGUCACUUGACUGACGACCACCUUGUAGAAUUUUUGAGGCGUUGCCGGAUUGGUCUGCGUCCAGGCGGCUUCAUUGUAGUGAAGGAUAAUGUUGCGCAUGAAGGUGUAAUACCUGAUGAUGUGGACAGCAGCGUGUGUCGGGACCUAAAUCUACUACACUGCCUAGUGGCCAGGGCUGAACUCAGCAUCAUCUGUGAGGAGCAGCAGCAGAACUUCCCUGAGGAGAUCUAUCAAGUCCACACACUUGCUCUCAGAUAGCUGCGAGCAUCAGCCUGUUUUUUUGAAGCCAAUGAAUGUAAGAGGAAAUUGUCUGGGAUCAAUGUUAGCUACAUAAGGCUACUUAUUACUGCCAAUGUGAUUGCUGUUUUUAAAAUAGCACAGGCCUGAAACAUCACUGUGGGACUUUAAUUUAAGUUUGUAAGAAGUGUUAUUUGGAAGGUUCCAGUUGACCUCUAAAUGAUAAUGUUACAGUUAGGGUUUAUAGCUGUCAUGAAUUGUGGAUAAGUGGCUAAUGGUAGCUUUUCAGAAAUGCAAAUAGCUUCACACUCCAAUUGAUAUUCAAUACAAAGUCUGGGGAAACAGGAUUUAUCACAGAAAACCAAUCAUGAAAAAAUAAUCUAUGCAUGCCACCACUUAUGUUUAUAAGUGGAUCUACUUAAGACUGUUAAAACAUGUUUAGCAUGUAUCUGUGGGUCAGAACAGAUUGAAUGAAAACCUUUGAAUAAAUCAUGAGAAUUUGAAAACUAUACAAGUUAUUAUGAGUGUAUAUUUACGGCUACUCCAAAGUGAACCACAGGUUUUAUUUUUCCUUUAGUCAUAUUUGAGCUGUCUCUGAAUGAAAAUGUUAUUGAACAGAUUCACUGUAUUAAAUAUAUCAGUGUGAUUUGAAUUCUUAAUUAUUUUUCCAGAAAUGAGCACACCUUUUUUUUUGGACUUAAUGGGCUAUACUUCCUGUAUUUGGGCCGUCAAUGUAGCAAGAAACAAAGGAUCAGUUCCUCUAUUUUAUUCAAGAUCUAUUUAAACAAUUUUCAAAAAAGGG